GACAUUCACAGCUACACUCUGGUAGCCCGCCUCAAAGCUGUGAUGACAUUGCCUAUUCCCGUCCUUAUUGUUGGAGCUGGUCCGGCUGGCUUGGUAUCUGCACUUGUUCUUGCCCAAAAUGGCAUUCAGGUUCGGAUUGUGGAUAAGGCUGACCGUUACCAUGUGGGUUCACGUGGUUUUGGAGUCCAGCCCCGGACAUUUGAGCUCUUCAAAACACUUGGCAUUGUGGAUGAGAUCCUGGAGGCAUCUACACCAAUUCCUACCAUGCGUGCAUAUAAGCUGCCAGGAGGUACCAUUCCCGUCAAAACGUGGGACCUCUAUGAAAAGGGUGAAGUUUGGGCAGAUCGACCAUUUGCCAAUGGAGCAUGUCUCAGUCAAGAGACCUUGGAGGAGAUAUUGCGUGAUAACCUCAGGAAGUAUGGAAUCUCAGUAGAGCUUCACAAGGGGCUUGUGGCUAUCUCCCAGAACACUGAUACUGUUGCUGCAACACUUGCUGUUCACAAUCAUGGAGAGCCCACUGAAGCUACGGAACUUGUUACAGCCCAUUAUUGUAUAGGUGCUGAUGGUGCACGAGGAGCAACAAGAAAAUUACUAGGAUUAACAUUUGAAGGCCAGACACGCGAUGCUGAUGGUAUGGUCUGGGGUGAUAUUGAAAUCAACGGAUUGGGAAGUGAUUUUUGGCAUAUCUGGGGAAAGCCUGGUCAAUUCACUAUCAUGGCUCGUCCAUUGAGCCCAAGUGGAAACAAAUUUGGUAUUGGUAUCACUGGCCAGAACUUUGAUCCGACGAAUCUCGCAGCUCCUGAAAAGGCAAUAGAAUUCAUUAAGACUGAAACAGGGCGAAAUGAGCUUACCUUUGGCUCCUUCUCUUGGUUGUCUUACUUCAAACCUAAUAUGCGCAUGGUGAACAAGUUGCAAGAGGGACGUGUCUUUCUUGUAGGCGACUCUGCUCAUGUCCAUUCCCCAACUGGAGGUCAAGGAAUGAACUGUAGUGUUCAGGAUGCUUCAAACUUAACCUGGAAACUUGCCCUUGUGCUCAAGAAUAUAGCACCUUUCUCAUUUCUUUCAAGUUAUAAUGAAGAAAGGAUACCAGUCAUUGCACAAAUGAUUUAUGCAACUACUCAGCUUUACACCCACACUGACAGUACUAAGUCUGGAUGGUUCCGCUGGAGGAACACAGCAUUGGAGAUGUAUGGGAUUAACUACCGGUUUUCAAGCAUUGUGUAUGAUGAACGGGAUGCUAGCUCACCAGACAGCCAGACAGCCUUGGCCCAUGCAUACACUGGCUAUGAAGGCUCAGGAACUCUGAAUGCUGGAGACCGUGCUCCAGAAGCACCUGGGAUUAUACAGGGAGGCCAGGUAACAUCUUUGAUGGACCUUUUGAGGCACAACCUCCAUACUGUCUUGAUAUUCGGCAAUAAUUACAAAGAGGCUCAAGCAGUUGCAAAUGUCCUAGAAGAAAGAUACAUCAUUCCCAUCCAAGUCUUUGCCAUCAUCAACAAUUCGGAACAUGGGAUGGAGAAUGAAAAAAUGGGUGUAUUGCAUGACAGUGAAGGUCAUGCACAUGCUGCAUAUCUGGUAGAUGGAACACAAGGCCUGGUAGUGGUCAUCAUCCGUCCCGAUUCAUUCAUUGGUGGUAUUUUCAAAGAGCCUGAGGGAGUUUCAGGAUACUUCAACAAGAUAUGUGGGACAGGUAACUGA